AUGGAGUUCUCCGGAAACGUUCUCUCGCCCGUCGAAGCGGACCUCCUCGUUCGCGAGCUGAAACCCUUCCGAAUCAGCGACAUUGGCAGCGAGGCGUGGAAGAAUCAGCGAUUCGCGGUGGAGCAGUUAAACAUGUGCACGCACAGCAACGCCGUACGGAAGGUGGAUGACUACGUGCGGGCCUACCUUCUCGAGCAUCAACACCUCCCCAUCCUCUUGCAUGAGCUGCUCACGAUGGAGGUGUGGCGACAUCGCGUGUUGCCUUUCAUUAAGGACGCCAUCCCUUCCAACCCCGCCGCGUCGUACCUCUAUUGCGACUACGAAUCCGUUCUGGUGAACCUCUUCGAGUGCGUUUGCUUCGACGAGGGCGCCGUCCUCGGGCUCGGCGAGGACGUGUUGGAGCUGAUCGACUACGCGUGGCGGCAGGUCUGCGGGCUGCUCGCCGAGCGCCCCUCCCCGUCCUUGGCAACGGGGAGGAUGGACGAGAAGCUGUGGGAGGCGGCCGCGGGGCGGGCGAUGGCCUCCCUUUCCCUUCUGUGGUUUGUGAUCGAGCGGCUGGAUGGGUUGCCGCUCGCGGCGAGCAACGCCGUGCUGCGGAAGAGCGACCUCCCUGUCGGGCUCACCGAGGUGCUCCUCGCGCAGCCGUGGAUGCGGCGCGUCGACGGGGGGGUUCAGAAAUUCCAAAACGGCCACUUCGUCGCCGUCAAAGGGGAUGAGGCGCUGCGAGUCUGCACCCCUGAGGCGCACACGUGGUUUUGCCUGCACAAGCUCCUCUGCGAUUCGGAGUGCCGGAAGAAGUACAUGUUCACGCAGUCCCGGAAAGACAUCAUCCUGCGGGCGCGUCGGUUUCUGAACAAUCCCCUGCUAGAUCAGAUCCCCGCUCUCUCACAGCUUCAGCGCGCGCUCGAGGAGCUCUCCUUUAUCGAACCCCCGUCGGGGACGGAGGAGAAGUUUCGCAGCGCCCUUGUGAUCGAGCCCGUACCCCGCAUCAUGGCGAGCAUCGACGACGGCAAGCAGGACUGGAAGACGGAGGCGGCGAGAAUGGAGCGUCUGCUGCGCGAUCCGUCGGAACGAAUGAAGGACGCGUGCCGGAUGUCGGUUAUCUUUGAUCAGAUGUUUGUGGGUCAAUAG